CCGGCGGGUUCAACCUGCGGCUGGAGCUCAAACCGCGCGGCUGUGCCCGAAGCUGGGUCUGUCCCCGGGCUCGGCUGCCGCCGGCGCGUCGGGAACCCGGUCGUGAUGGGGUCGAAGGGGAAGGUCGGGAGGAUGCAGUUGCUUCUCCUCGCGUCGGUGAUCCUGUGCUCGCUGGCGCGGGGCAGGGGCGCAGUGUACACUUCGGAAUCUGAAGUCCAAGUUCCCGAGAAUAAACCUGCCAAGUUGUCCUGCUCCUACUCCGGCUUCUCCGCUCCCCGGGUGGAGUGGAAGUUUGCCCAGGGCGACAUCACCAGCCUCGUCUGCUACAACAACAAGAUCACAGCCCCCUAUGAGGACCGGGUCACCUUCUCGAACACUGGCAUCACCUUCCACUCCGUGACCCGGAAGGACACGGGGACGUACACCUGCAUGGUCUCGGAUGAAGGCGGCACUGCCUAUGGGGAGGUCAACGUCCAGCUCACUGUGCUCGUGCCUCCGUCCAAGCCCACGGUGAACAUCCCCUCCUCUGCCACCAUCGGCAGCCGGGCAGUGCUGACCUGCUCGGAGACCGACGGCUCCCCGCCCUCCCAGUACCUCUGGUACCGGGACGGGGUCCAGAUGCCGUCAGAGCCCAAGAGCAGCCGUGCUUUCAGCAACUCCUCCUACAGCCUGAACCCCAAGACAGGGGAGCUGGUCUUCGACCCCGUCUCAGCCUCUGACUCGGGAGAGUACUCCUGCGAGGCCAGGAACGGGGUUGGGGUGCCCAUGACGUCCGACGCGGUGCGCAUGGAGGCAGUGGAGCUGAACGUGGGCGGCAUUGUGGCCGCCGUCCUAGUGACACUCAUUCUCCUCGGGAUCCUGGUUUUCGGCAUCUGGUUCGCCUACCGCCGCGGCUACUUUGACAGGACGAAGAAAGGGACCGAGAGUAAGAAGGUCAUCUACAGCCAGCCCUCGGCCCGCAGCGAGGGCGAGUUCCGACAGACCUCCUCGUUCCUGGUGUGACCCGGCCCUCCUCGCCCCGAGCCGCCGGACUCUGGCCCACAGGGCCCCUUUCUCCUUUGUGGGGAGCCCCCUCCCCCGCCCCUCCGCAUCUCCCUCCUUGCCCGGUGCUGCUAGGGGGCGAGCUCUCUGCCGUCCCUGUGGGGAGCCACGCGGGAGUCCUGGCCGUGCCCGCUGACUCCCUUUUCCUCGGGAGCGGAGGGGCCCUCGGAUGGGGGCUUGGGCCUGAAGCCUCGGCUCUCGCCCGCAGCGCCGAGGACCGGCGGAAAGGUGGUCUGGGGGCCACGUCGGUCUCUUCGGCCCCUGCCUUCCCUCGGGAAGUGCCCAGGGUCCUCCUGCAGUGUCCCGCACGCACGCAGACUGACACCACCGGUGUCUGUAGGAGAACCGGCGGACCUGUGGUCGUGGACGGCUGGGGGGCGAGAAGCGUGGGUUUCCGAGCUGGAGCUGCGUGUGUGGUCUGAGCGCUGAGCUGACGUUGAGUGUGCGCUGGGGCUUCCUGGCCCUUCGGUGCGAUUGUGUUUGUGCGUGUUUGUGCAGCUGGAAAUAAAAACGUGGUUGGUCCAAGGUUCCUGUUGUGCGUGGGGGAGGGAGGCCCUCGGUCCCCCGCUCCGCGCAGACAGGGAAGUGCCCCAAGCCCUGCUUCCCAGAACCCGGGCCGCCCCGCUCCCCGCUCCCGGGUUCCUGGGUCAAGGCGGAGCUUCGGGGCCUGGCCCAGAGCCCUCUGGUGGCGCCUGUGCGCGGGGCUCUGCUGCGGCCACACCCCCCUGUGCCCCACCAGCCCGAUGGGGCACUUCCUGAGAGAGGCGGCAGGAGGGCGUCUCACAGCGUUUGGAGGACAGCGUCUUCGGCAGAAGCUCACAGUGGCCGCUCCUCCUCUGCUCAGUGGGGCUGCUGUUCAAAGAAUCGUCGCCCGGGACAGGCUCCUGCGGCCGUGUGCGUGCCGGGUCCGCCCCGCCUUGCACGCCCCCUCGCACUCCGGCCCUUCUUCACCCCGAAGCUGCCGUCUCCCCACCGACGGGUCCCUGGUCCAUCGGGUAACCAGCAGAUACAGGCUUUUCUAGCGUCCACGUUGCUGCUUCAUCUCCGGGGGGGGGGGCGCCGGGGAGGGCAGGUGCUGAGCACCGCUUCGCAGCCGGACCUGGAGAUCCCUGGUAGAGCCGAGCUUUCUGUCCAGGGUCUAAAAGGAACAACAAAAACCAAAUAAAAGGCUCUCAGGGAAGGGUCACACACCAAUUACAAAACAUGUCCAGAUGGAAAUGAAAUCGAGUGAGACAAUAAAAGCCAAGAUCACGAGGCGGUUCUGGGAGAA